AGGGCUCUGGGUUUUCUCUUACAUUCCUCCGUUCCACGGUUCCUACAUUCUCCUCCCCGCUGUCAUUAUCGUCGCUCACUUCCUCCUUUCCCCUCGUGAACCUCUGGUUGCGACGGGCAUUCCUUCAUUUUAAGCUUAUCCGAGCAAUCCGCAUUCCUCUCUUCCACCCGCUCGUCGCGUGGGUCAAUGCUUUAGUCCCUUAGUUCGCGGCGUCGUCGUCAUCCAUCGCGAACAUGGGCGAGUCCGACCCUCCAUACCUGUACGAACGCCCCAUCCGACAGCAAACAGCCUCCCCACGGUUCUACAGUCAGGCAUUCAAUCCCAAGGCCGUGACACAAGCUAGCUGGGCUCAACCAGAGCCAAAACCUGAAGUCAAAGGUCACCUCGUGGACCUCAAUCGGCACCCGGACUCGUACUACAAUGUUCCCGAUCGGACGCGAUGGACUCCCAUGAGCCUCCAUACCAAAAGUAGAGUGAUCUACGGGCGAAAAGUGCAACUUGGGCUGCGGGUGCUUGCUUUGGUUGGCGCUCUUGGGUCUUUGUUCUGCUCGAUCGUCAUCAAGAAUGCGGCAACCACUAUUAUCUGGAUCGUGCGAGUGGGACCAGCUGUAGCAAUCCUACACAACCUAUACGGCAUCUGGCACUUGCGUCGAUCGGCCAUCAGUAGGCCUCCUGGUUCCCAAGCGAGCUACAUGCUUUUCGCGGGAACAUUUGAUUUCGGCUUGGUACCAUACUAUGUUUUUGCUGCGUUUCUUGCGUACAGGCAGUGGACCGACAGCGCCUGGAACUGGACCACGCUAUUGAGCUCCGAUCAGGAUGUGACAGCCAAGAUUGCUGAAUCCACGUUUCUGCUGAGUGUGGUCAAUGGCGGUUUGCAUGCGAUUUCCCUUGGGAUCUCGAUUUUCUUGGGUGUCAUCUUCCAUCAGAUUCGGAAACUGCCUCCAGACAUGAACCCACUGGAAGACAAUCUCACUGCCCGCCCACUAAGGCAAAGCAAAUCGGAGACUAAAGAAAAGCAUGCUAGUCUAUCUACGUUGGAUACCGAUUUCGGCUCUAGUGACGACCCGUUGAUCAAUACUCCUCGUACGGUACCUUUUAUGCAUACCCGGGAUAACAUGUACCUAGAGGGCCUGGGCCGCUACCCUCCCAGCGCUUCCGAAAACAGAAAUUCGCAGUACUCGCAAACAAACCAGCGGAUGUCGCGGGCAGAGUCGAUUCCUCAGUUACCAUUCCAGCAGGCUAACGAUAUCCCGGAUGAUAUUACCAUCAACUCGCCUAUUGAGAACCCCGACAUCUUUACCAGACCCACGACGACGAUUGCUCAUGGCUCUCCGGUCCGUGAGCCCUCGCCUGCAAUUCCUCCCCGAUCUCAAUGCGUAAGCCCUGCGUCAGACAAUUGGAUCGUGUAUCCAUCCCGCCCCGCGUCUCCUGCCGAGGAAGUGACCCAGCACGCAGCCCCUCGUGAGCCGUCAUCCGCUUACAGUGCCGCCGAGACUCUCGCUUCCGCCAAGAACGGCGUCAUGGAAUGGUUCAACGGUCCCCAACGUCAGGGUCAGCCUGUUGGACAAGCCAUUACUGAAGACGUCCGCGGUGAGUACGAGUCCAUCGCAGCCGACGAGUUCUACGGCCACAACCAGGACGACGAUGUCCACGACUUCCUGUACCGCAGCGGCCUCUACGAUAGCGCCGAACAUGACCUCGGUAACCAUCGCAUCGACAUCUUCCAGGACCACGACCAGGAACACGAAUAUCUCGACGAAGAAACCCGCAACUCACUGCGUGUCAACCCUCUCGCACUCAAUCCGCCGAGUCCGCAGCCCAGACUCAACGGUAUCCGCAGCGUCACCAACCGUACUUCGAGCGGGCGUAUGGCCUUGACCGAUAUCCCAAACCUCUCCCCCACCCCCCAACAGAGCUCGGAAGCCAUUACCGCCGACCCAACUCCAAAGAAAGCCAAGACCUUCUAUGGAGACGUUGCACAAGCAGGAAGCGGCAACAGCAACCCGACCCGCAAGGCUAGUCUCGGGCAGAAAAUCGGCAAGUUCACCAUGACCCGGAACCAGAAGCGCAGCGCAUACGGCGCCCUCAAGCAACACGAUGAUGAAGACGGCGACUACCCGCACCAUCUUCAAGCUGACCCCGUCACCCUCGACGGGGAUCGCAAAGGGCGCGUGGUCAGCAACUCCGGUGCGGACUUUGGUCGUGCGGCUGCUGAGUCGCAACCCGCCGGGGCUAAAUCUUCCUCGUCGAUGUCCUACGGCAAUUACCUUGCUGGGUUAGGAGUCGUCGGAGUCGGCAGACGCCGCGACGUUAGCGGAAAGAUAGCUGAAGAAGGCAGAGUGCAGAGCAGCGUGAAGUCUGGGUUGGACAGCAGUCCUGCCCGGGCCGACGAGAGCGCCGCCAAACCUGGCCGUGCCGCUGGGUGGGCGCGAUUCGCUGGCCUUUAAGCUCGGGUCUCUCUCAUUCGCAUUCAGCGGUAACGGGACAUUCCGGAAUGUAUUCCGCGCUGCGAUUGGGACUUGAAUUGUAUUUAUUUGUGCGAUGUGCUUACCUGUGUUUAUGGAGAGGGUUUUUGUACUUUUGUCUUUCGUUACAUGAUUUGAUGGUAUUGAUUUGGAUGGAUUAUGAUGAUCUAUGCGGAUAUGAUUUGAUUUGUUUGAUGGAUUGAUUGAUUGAUUGAUUGAUUGACGGAUUUAACUGAGUGAUGGAUUGGAUGGCUUGGUUCUUACUAUGCGGUGAUACUCCUUCUCUCGCUCUGGUUUAUGUUAUUGUAUUGUAAGUUUAACGCACAUACUACUUGCUGGCGACCAGCAAGCAAAAAUGAAACAGAAC